AUGAAUACUCCGACCGCCAUCUCCACAGCCAAAGUUCUUGGCCCCAGUAUCUCUCUCGCAACCGCAGGGGUUAUUCUUUCCAUGUCCGCCUUUUACACACCCCUUCUGUCUUCUUCAGCCCGCUCUCAAUCUUCAGAGAAGCCCUCGCCCAGCUCGACACUCCCUGCUAUCCGCUUCAUCUUCUCGCGAGGCAGCCACACUAUCCCCCAAGCUGCGGCGCUCGCAGCUGCCAACUUUGGCUUCUUGGCUUAUCACGCUCCAAGCACUGUUGUGAAAGUCUUGGGUAUGGAAAUUGAUAGUAGGGCUGGCUUUAUCGCGGCGGGAGUGCUGAGUAUGGCUAUUGGUCCUAUUACUGGAAUCAUGUUGCCGAUUUGCAACAACCCCCUGAGGGAGAUGGCCGAGUUGGAGAGACAAGGGAAGGGUAGUCAGAUUGACGAGGGGAAGCUGAAGAAGAUGGUUCAGAAGUUUGAGUGGCUGAACUAUGUCAGAGGUGCAGUCAUUUUGGCUGGUGGAAUGCUUGGACUGGCCGUGAUCGUCGGCUAA